AUUGUUGUCCUACCUCUUUAGGGUAGGUCGGACACGCCCACCUUCUAACUUAGCGCAGAAGAACUCUUGUGAAGUCAUCUGUGAUAUCGAUUGGCUUCUUGUUGCUGUUUGCUUCUGAACAUGGCCUCAUCUGCUGAAGUCAAGUCCAAGGCAGAUGCUAAGCUCAUUAUUCUCGGCUGUGCAAAUAUUGGGAAGACGUGCCUAAUUCAACGUUACCUAAAUGACAAAUUCGCAGACACAAUUUCUAGUGUGGGUGCGUCUCUAGCCCUCAAGCGAUGGGAGGACUGGACAGUGGCUGUCUGGGAUACGGCCGGUGAAGAGAAAUACGCUGCUCUAUCUGCGUUUUAUUGUCGAGGAGCUUCAGUGGCCAUUUUAGCAUUCGAUCUCACCGACGCUACCAGCCUGGAUAAACUCAUAGAGACAUUUAUUCCUUUGUUAGAGGACUCUGUUACUAACUGCCUCACUCUUGUGGCUGGAACCAAACUCGAUCUCGUGGAUACUAAAGGAAGACAAAUCAAAUCAAGCCAGGGUGAGGAGUUGGCCGAGGAACUUUAUAGAACGCAACUUGAGUCUGCAAAAGGAGUUCAAGAUACGUGCUUGAAAGGACUGGAUCCGAAGAGACUGUAUUUUGAAACAAGUGCCAAAACUGGAGAAGGCGUGGGUGGACUGUUUGAACAUGCUCAGAGCGUUCUGCUUCCACUGCUCAGAAAAACUAUGCCCAAAGGAACCAAAUCGAGCAGCAAAAUCACUGUACUUAAUAGCGAGCCUCCUGCUGGGAAAAGUAGAUGCUGCAGCAGUUAGAAACUGAAUAGCCCUGAUUGUGUGUUUUGUUUUAUUACGUGUAGGACUAAUCAAGUCAUACUCGAUGGUAUUAACUUGUUCUCAAUCAUUAUAAUUAUUAUUAUGUUGUGCUAAGUGAUUUCUUAUUCUGUAUCUCAAUCAAAAAUUGA